UUUAUAUUGCUACGAAUCUCCCUAUAGCCAAUACGGGCGGAGCAGUAAAGAAAAAUGUUGCGAAAACGGGAAUGUUAUAAGCUGAAGUUUUCUUUGUUUGAACACGCUAAUCUCGGUCACUACUAAACCAAUUUCAGAAAUUGUUUCACUGUUAAUGUACCUACGUGAUCCCUGAGUACUAUAGGCUAUAAAUGUACUACGGGAAAAGCCAGGGCAGACCACUAGAACAACAAUAAAGUAGUAUUUUUUUAACUUUCUCUUAUUAAAACGUUGCACUCCCGAACCCAGAGAGGUUUUCGCCAAAACAAUGUUAUUUGUGUAAUUUUUAUAAAAUCAUGCUAUAAAUAAAUAAAGUAUAUAUAUAGGAUUAUAGGUAUACCAAAUAUGUAAUAAUAUACCAAAUAUAAAAUGUAGGUUUCAGCAACACUGCGCAUUUAGGGUUAAGCUUAAACGAAGAUAACAUUAUCUAAGUCAUUUUCAAUUGGAGAUAAGCAAAAAUACUACAGUAAGUAAAUGCUUUGUUCGAAAACAAACAAAAGAGCGGCGGUCCUUUUGUUCAAGAAAUAAGUAAGUGAUAAAAAAGCGGCAUUCCUAUUGUUCGGCAAAACAUAUUGUAAAAUCUUUACCUGUUGUGUAGUGAUAUAAAACAAUGGACAGGUAUAUUAUGACGAAGCCAAAGGGUGGGGGGUCAGUGAAUUGGGUUGUAAAUGUACUCAGUCUGCUUUCGACCUCGCAAGUGUUCGGUACGCUCUUUGCUACUGUUCAGUAUUGUGAAGUGUUUGUGUAGUGGAUUUUACGAUGUCCGCCGACGACAUUGACAACCAACUUUCGGAAAUCUUCCGUGAUACGGAUGCCGGCGGCUGGGCUUCCUCAUAUUCCUCCUCUUCCGAGGAGGAGGAUGAGGUCCAAGACCAGGCGGCCGACUCCUCUGAGGAGGAUGAGGUCGAAGACCAGGCGGCCGACUCCUCUGAGGAUGUGUGGGAACCGACGGGCCAGCUUCCGUCGUUCCCAUGCACCAACGUGGGAACUCACAAUAUAGGACCAGCUGAGACCCCUAUCGAUUUUUUUAAUUUAUUAUUUAACACCACAUUUAUGACUAUUUUAGUAAACAGCAUAAAUACCCACGCAAUACAAGUGCUUUUGGAGAGCCCACAUGAGCAUAGUAGAAUUUCAAGUUGGAAAGAUACCAACAUAGAAGAACUCUAUGUUUUUCUAGGCCUAUUAUUCCACAUGGGCCAUAUUAAAUUAAACAGAAUUAACGAUUACUGGAAAACAGACGUCUUAUACGAUCUGCCGUUUAAAAAUUUUAUGAGCCGCGAUAGAUUUUUAUUAAUUUUACGUAAUUUGUCUUUUUCCGAUCCAAAUUUAACUUUUGCCACUACUGAUCCCAAUAAAUUUACCAAACCUAUUAUAGAUUUUUUUAACAAUACUAUGAAAAUGCUGGUGGUCCCUCCAAAAAACUUGACUAUUGACGAAAGUGUGGUUUUGUGGCGCGGGCGGUUAAAAAUUAGACAAUUUAUACAAGGUAAAAGGCAUAAAUAUGGUGUGAAAUUAUAUAUCCUCACAGACCCUAAAGGCAUGACACAGAAAAUUCACAUGUAUUGUGGAUCACAUGACGUUCUCCUUCGAGGAAAAGGUCAUGCUGAUAAAGUAGUGAUGAUGUUGAUGGAAGACUAUUUAAACGCAGGACACUCUUUAUACAUGGACAAUUUUUAUAAUAGCGUUUCUUUAGCGGAAAAUCUAUUAGCAAAUAAAACUUAUUUGACUGGUACUUUGAGGGCCAAUAGAUCACGUAAUCCCGAGAUUACAAGGGCUAAGUUGCCUAAAAACCAAGUACAAUCACGGUACAAUUCGCGUGGAGUAUGUGUCUCUAAUUAUAGAGACAAACGAACGGUCCUCAUGAUUUCCACUGAGCACGAUGCUGACUUCAUAAAUUAUACCAAUAAAAGAGGUCAAACUGUCGCAAAACCUAGAGUCGUCCAUGAGUAUAAUAAGUAUAUGAAAGGUGUUGACAGGAAAGAUCAGAUGCUGUCUUAUUAUGCUUGUUACAAUAAAUCCACGAGGUGGUAUAAAAAAAUAAUUACACAUGUUAUGCAAGUCAUGAUGUUGAAUGCAUUCAUGAUGUACAGUAAUAGUCAGGCCAAUUCAAAUUGUAGUUUUUAUGAUUUCCGUAUAAAUGUUGUUAGAAAAUUGUUAAACGCAGACAGACAGACAAACAGACAGACAGUAACUUCUCGUCGAACAGGGGAUUUUAUUCAUUGGCCAUUACAUUUACCUAAAAAUGCUAAAGGCGUUACAAAACGCAAAGAUUGCCGCUAUUGCUUAGAAAAGUUGAAACUCCGAAAAGCUGCAACAUUUUUUUGUACCGAUUGCAACAAAAAACCCGGCUUGCAUCUUGAUUGUUUUAAAGAUUAUCAUGGUUAUCGUUAAGUUUAGUUCAUUAUUUUGUAAAUUCUCCCCGAGUCCAAUCAGCCUGGUCCCAAUGUCAACGCCUAAAAUAUAUUUAUUUUAUUAUAAUUUAGCAAAGUAGGUAGGUAAAUGUACUUAUCAUUUACUUCGUGCUCAGUUAUUUUAGCUUGUUUAGAUUUUUUAUAUAUUUGCACAUUAUCACCAUACUCCACAUAAAAUUAAAAUUUUCAGUGCAUAUUAAGUCUAAUAUUAAUGUUAAUUUUCAGUUCUUCCACUGACAUUGUUACUAACUAUACGUAGUUAAACUUUAUUUUAAUAGCGAUUGCGUCAUUCCUGUGUGCUUGUGAUGUAUAUAUAAAAUUUUAUUAUAUUAAUUUAUUUUUUAAUGUUACAUUUAAUAAUCAACAAUCUUCUUUUUUUUUCAGAGUGCACGCAGUGGAGAAUAGCCUUGAUAUUUUUUUUUUCAUUUUAUAAUAAUAAAUGAAUCUUUUCUUUUUGUUUCAGAGUGCGCGCGGAGGAGAUAAAUUUUAUUUUCUUUUUUUUUAUAAUAAUAAUCCUUUCUUUUUGUUUCAGAGUACGCGGUGCGGAGAAAAUAAUAUUGAUUUUUCCCAUUUUAUUAUAAUUAUUAAUCCAUUCUCUUUUUUUUUUUGCAGGGUGCAUGCGGUGUAUAAUAUUAUUUUAUUUUUAGAUUAUUAUAUUUUGUAAACUAAAAGUGACAAAUGUGUAGUAAUCACACUAAAAUCACUUUUAGGAAUUAUUUGUAUUAGUUUGUUAAUGGCAUUUUAUAAUUUACUAUGUAGUAUUUAAUUUUUAUACUAAACAUUAUAAUAGUUUUAUGUAUAUUUAAAUUAGUAUAAUAUUUUCCCUAUUUUCUGAGAGGGUAUUGUGUUAUUUCACCUUUGUGAUAAUCAUAGUUCUAUCAUAAUUUAAUUUAAUUUAAAAGCCCCUAAUUUACUGAAAGGAGGUUGGAUUAGUUCAUCUCUACAAUUCUUGAUUGUAAAGAUGAUCCAUAAUCCAAGGGAGAGUGGUGGGUCCUCCAAUGCCCUCUCAUUUU